GAAGCUACAAAAUAAUUAUGACGUUCUAUUAGGAAUUGGGGUGCUACCAGAGAAAGGUCUAUUUGGUGCUAAUGACGUGUUACCAGAGAAAGAUCUUCUCCAUGCUUAUGACAUGCUACCAGCGAAAGGUCUUCUUCAAACUAAUGACGCACAACCAGAGAAAAGCCUUCUUUAUGCUAAUGACGUGCUACCAGCGAAAGGUCUUCUUCAAGCUAAUGAUGCGCAACCAGAGAAAAGCCUUAUUCAUGCUAAUGACGUGGUACAAGAGAAAGGUCUUCUUCAAGCUAAUGACGCGCAACCUGAGAAAAGCCUUCUUCAUGCUAAUGACGUGCUACCAGC